AUGGCGUACAUGAGGGACCCAACAAGCUCCGGGUAUGGCUCAAAGCAGGCCUCUGGUGUGGGUACAGCUGGGGCCGGCCGCCUGGACAGAGGUCAUCUGGGCCGAGUCCUUGGCAACGAGGAUGAAGUCAUCGACGUAGACAAGGAUGUAGAAUGGCUCAGAGUGACGGCGAAUGAAGAGAGUCGGGUCAGCAGACGAGGGGUGGAAGUCCAGGGAGAGAAGGACGUCUUUCACCUUGUUGUGCCAUUCGCGAGGGGCUUGCUUAAGGCCGUAGACGGGGCGAUUCAGCUUCUAGACAGUGUUGGGAGGGAAUUCUCCUAG